UCGUCGUCGUCACCGUCAUCGUCAUGGUCGUUCUCGUUAUCGUGUCCAGUGCAUCGUAAACCAAUAAUACAAUUAUAGGAAAACGGAAUUAAAAAAAAAAAAAAAUAAUAAUAAAAAGAUAAAGAAUAAGAAAGAAGAAAGAAAAUAGAUAAGGUGACAGUGAAGAGGGACAAAAGUGCAGACGAAUAUUCUAUGUAACUUCGUCAUAGUGUAUAGUGCUAUAGGUGACAAAGUGAACUGAAUCGUGAAAAGUAUGGAUUAGAUAUAUAUGUAUAUAUAAAUAUAUAUGUAUAUAUGGAUAUAUAUAUAUAUAUAUGUAGAUAUAUAUAUAUAUAUAUAUAUUAGAUGAAUAGAUAGAUUGAUAGACAAAUAGUUUUUUCUUCGAUUCGACAAAAGAUGAUACUUACGGCAGACAGUAGCAUUCAAGGGGCUUUAGCGACACCACCGGAGUCACCGAUCUCCGCAUCAUCAAGAGCUUCGAGUGUCUCGCGUAUGUCCUGCGUAUCACAGGGCAUGUCGAGUCCCUAUCACGUUGCUCAGUUGCCUCAUCGUCUCAGUCCUAACAUGCCCACUAUGGAUUCAACCGUGUCCUCGGCUAAACCCGAGCCCGAAUUAAAUAUAGAAUUCGAUGGAACCACAGUACUCUGUCGUGUUUGUGGUGACAAGGCCUCUGGUUUUCAUUAUGGCGUUCAUUCCUGCGAGGGAUGCAAAGGAUUCUUUCGCCGUAGCAUCCAGCAGAAGAUACAGUAUCGGCCCUGCACCAAAAAUCAACAGUGCAGCAUCCUGAGGAUCAACAGGAAUCGCUGCCAGUACUGCCGCCUGAAGAAGUGCAUCGCAGUCGGCAUGAGUCGCGAUGCGGUGCGAUUCGGCCGCGUGCCCAAGCGCGAGAAGGCCAGGAUUUUGGCUGCCAUGCAGCAAAGCUCCCACAGUCGCUCUCAGGAGAAGGCAGUAGCGGCCGAGCUGGAAGACGAGCAGCGUUUACUCGCGACCGUCGUCCGGGCUCAUCUCGACACAUGCGACUUUACCAGGGACAAGGUCGCGCCCGUUCUCGCGAGAGCACGAGAAACACCCAACUACACGGCCUGUCCACCGACCUUGGCAUGUCCGCUGAAUCCGAAUCCGCAACCAUUGACCGGCCAGCAAGAAUUGCUUCAGGAUUUCUCCAAAAGGUUCUCGCCGGCGAUCCGUGGCGUGGUAGAGUUCGCCAAGCGCAUCCCUGGAUUCAGCCUGCUGGCUCAGGAUGACCAGGUCACACUUUUGAAGGCCGGCGUCUUCGAGGUCUUACUCGUUAGGCUGGCCUGCAUGUUCGACGCUCAAACGAAUAGCAUGAUAUGCUUGAACGGGCAGGUGUUAAAGCGCGAAUCCAUCCACAACAGCAGCAACGCGAGAUUCCUCAUGGACUCGAUGUUCGAUUUCGCCGAAAGGGUCAACUCUCUGCGGCUGUCAGACGCCGAGCUCGGGCUCUUCUGCUCGGUGGUCGUAAUCGCCGCGGACAGACCGGGACUACGCAAUACCGAACUCGUCGAACGUAUGCACAACAAGUUGCGCAACGCUCUGCAAACGGUACUCGCUCAGAGCCAUCCCCAACAUCCGGAUAUUUUGAGGGAAUUGUUGAAAAAGAUACCCGAUCUUAGAACGCUUAACACUUUGCACUCGGAGAAGCUUCUCGCGUUCAAGAUGACCGAACAACAACAGCAACUCCAAGCGCAGCAGCAACAGCAGACGCAACAUGUAAUAGCGACGAAUCAACAGCAGCAACAGCAGCAGCAGCAGCAGCAACAACAACAACAACAACAACAACAACAGCAACAACAGCAAGCGCAAUCGGGGCAGCAACAGCAAGCUCAGCAACAUUGGCCGAUGGAAGAGGAACCUCCGGCUUCUUGGGGCUCGGCCUCGGACGUCACGCUCGACGAGGCCGUCAAGAGUCCACUUGGUAGCGUCUCGAGUACCGAGAGCACGUGCAGCGGCGAGGUAGCCUCCCUGACGGAGUACCAUCACGUUGCGGCGGCACCAAGCGGACACCACGCGUCGAGCGCACCUCUUCUCGCCGCUACGUUAGCCGGCGGUCUCUGUCCGCACCGUAGACGCGCCAAUUCCGGCAGCACGAGCUCCGGCGAGGACGAACUUCAUCGUGGAAGCUUGAGCAAGACGCCUCAGCCGCCUCACUGUCCGCGUUUCCGCAAAUUGGAUUCGCCAAGCGACAGCGGCAUCGAAUCUGGCACCGAAAAGGCCGAUAAACCAGCGAGUAGCAGCGCCAGUAGCGCACCCACCUCGGUUUGCUCGAGUCCACGCUCCGAGGACAAGGAAGUUGAGGACAUGCCGGUACUGAAGCGCGUCUUACAAGCCCCACCGCUCUACGACACGAACUCGUUAAUGGACGAGGCAUAUAAGCCGCACAAGAAGUUCCGUGCUCUCCGGCAAAAGGACAGUGCCGAAGCCGAGCCAGCGGUGGUUGUCCAACACGCUCAAUCUCAGUUACAUCUCCACUUGACCUCCCCGCCGGCACGAAGUCCUUCGAAUCCGACGACUCAGGCUACCUGCCCGCAAACCGCGAGUCUCCUUAGCAGCACCCACUCGACCCUAGCGAGAAGUUUGAUGGAGGGACCUAGGAUGACGGCGGAGCAGUUAAAGCGUACCGACAUUAUUCACAAUUAUAUAAUGCGAGGGGAGGCGAGCCCGAGGUCACCCCCGGCCGUCUCGCCAUCUCCAGCGGAACAAUGCGCCUCGACGACCACGGUCACCACGCGCUCGUCUCAAGGAUCUCAGGGUCUGCUGCAAUGCGCCACCUCCAGCUACUCGAGCACCUCCUCCUCCUCCAGGUGGCCGGCCACCUCGGUCAUCACCACGACCACCGGUGCACGGCAGCAACAACAACAACAACAACAGCAACAGCAGCAGCAACAGCAACAGCAGCAGCAACAACAUCAACACCAUCAACAGCAGUCUUCCUCGGAUUACCUCGUAGUCGGGAACUCACCCGCCUCCUCGCCAAGAUACCUCUCGGCUGCGGCAUCGAGUAGUACAAGCACGAGUCCGAGGCCAACCUCGAGCACGGCCACUCUUGUCCUCUCUGGUUGUCCCACCAACAUGAUGGAGCUCCAAGUCGACAUUGCCGACAGUCAGCAACCUCUAAACCUCUCGAAGAAGUCACCGUCCCCAUCGCCGAGGCCGCUCGUUGGCCCCUGCAAGGCUCUCUCCCUCGAAGCGUAGUGCUCUUGCCGCGAGACGGAGAUCUCUUUCGUGACUCGAAGAAUCAUGUGUGUGCGUGUGUACUCUAUUGCUACUAUUACUACACUACUACUACUACUACUACUAUUACUACUACUACACUACUACUACUACUAUAACUACUACUACUACUACUACUACUACUACUACUACUACUACUACUACUACUACCCACCUUGCGCAAAGAGUGUCGUUACGUACAUGUAUAUGUAUUUUACCGUCCGUGCGACGGCACACAGAGGAGAAUCGAGCGUCCCGAGAGGAUCAGAAGCAGAAGGAGAAGAAACAGGAGGAGGAAGAGGAGGAGGAGGACGACGAGGAGGAGGAGGUGGUGGUAGGGAGGAGGAGAAGGAGCUGCAGGAGGAGGAGGAUGACAAAGUGCCAGGACACUCCGAGCGCGUGACAAACCAAAUAAUUUAUUAAUUUAAAAUAUUUUAUCGAUAAUCCGCGCCUAAAGAAGACGCGCGGUGAGAAGUAGGAGGAGGACAAAGCUAUGAUACGAGAGGACCACAUCUCCCUGACAUAUAUAAAGAAACAGGAAGAGAGAGAAGAAGGGCUGAGGAGGAGGACGAGGAGGAGGAGGACGAGGAGGAGGAGGAGGAAGUGGAAGAAGAAGAAGAAGGAGGAGUAAGAGGAACAGGAGGAGGAAGAACAGGAGGAGGAAAAGGAGGAGAAUGGAACGUUUCAGUGUCUAUGAGUUUCUUUCGUUUCUUUUCUUCUUUCCGAGAGUGCGUAUACGUGCACCUAAGGAAACGCGCUAAACUCGAUCGAAUUGGACGUUCAUGCGCGCGCACGCAAAUUUUGAUCGACGUUUAAGAGCGCGGGAUUCCAAUAGUUGCACGAUGCCGGAUAUAACAGAGAGUUUGAGAGGGACGAACAAAAAAAAAAUAAUAAUAAUAAUGAUAAUAAUAAUAAUAAUAAUAAUAAUAAAAGAAAGAAAGAGAGCAAAAGAAAAAGGAAAAGAAAAAAAAAGAUGAAGAAGUAAUAAAGAAAAAGAAUAACCUAUCGUUAUCUCGCUAUCAACCUAUCUCGACCUAUCUGUUUCUAGGCGAAACUAGAGGAUAGACCGUGCUGCACCCCGUAAAGAAAAAAGAAUUGAAUGUUUACAGAAGAUAAAAGCAAAAAGAAAAAAAAAAAAAAAAAUUAAUAAUCUAUUACAUGUGAUAAUCAUGGAAAUCGCGCAUCCUGUACAGUCUCCACCUCAUUCAUUGAUCAUCUACUCUACUAUAAUUAUUGAAUAUUAUUAAAAGUAAUUAAUUAUUAUUGUAAUAUCUCUGUAAGGUAUAAUAAUCGUAAAAGUUAUCAUCUCGUGUACGUGUGAAGUAUAUAUAGAUAAAAAGGGUGAAUCAUAGAAUGAGAGAAGUAUAGUGGUUUUUUUUUUGUGUGCGUCUGUAUGAGAGAGAGAGAGAGAGAGAGAGAGAAAACGCGUGCUUGUGGAAGCGAGUCGGGGCAAUCGAAGUUUCUUCUGACCGAUAGAGAGAGAGAGAGAGAGAGAGAGAGAGAGAGAGAGAGAGAGAGAGAGAGAGAAAGAGAGAGAGAGAGAGAGAGAGAAAGAGAGAGCGAGAGAGAGAGAAAGAGCAAGCGAGAAAGAUAGAGAAGAAAGAUAUAGAAAUAGAAAUAGCGGCGAUCUUUCGAUUAAUCGAGAGGGAAAACGCUAGAUUCGAUUUAAAGAUUUAAGAUGAUUUUGUUAUGAGACUGACCGGCCCGCCGCGGCCUCCAGUUUGCAAUUACCGUACCUUUAUACCGCGUGUCGUUUAUCCCACGUACGAACGGGAGAAUCGACGCGACGUUAAUUAUAAUCCUCUAAUCGCGUCGUGUAGCGAGAUACAAUAGAUAUCGUAGUAGGUGCCGCUUUCGAACGCGGCGAACACACAAUAUUACGUGUUUCGUGUGGCUGCAUUGAAAGAGGAGAGAGAGUGCAAGGGUGAUUACGUAUAUAUACAUCCGUAUGUGUUGCGCGUGUGGCAAGGAGAGAGAGAGAGAGAGAGAGAGAGAGAGAGAGAGAGAGAGAGAGAGAGAGAGAGAUACGUAGCGUUGUGAGGAAAAGACAAGGACGACGAGAUGAUUGUAGACGAAAUAGAUCGAAGGAGAAAGAUUUGUUUUUUUUUCCCCCGUAGGAUCAAAAUACGAUCAUUGAAAAAUAAAAGGGAUGAGAAAUUUAAAGAGUGUAAGGAAUAGAUGUACGUACGGAUGGACGGACGAACAAACAGUGAGAGAGAGAGAGAGAGAGAGAGAGAGAGAGAGAGAGAGAGAGAGAGAGAGAGAGAGAGAGAGCUCCGAGAUAGUAUC